AUGUCUGAUAAUGAAAUUAUCUCUGCUAAAUGCAAAAAUAAUGCUAAAAAAACAGUAUUAAAAAAACUUCAAAAAAUAUUAAGUGGCAAGCAAAAAAAAGAAUUAUGCCAAUUAGCACAAAAUAAUCCAAAUUUUACACAUCAAGAAUUAGCCAAAAAAUUUGAAAUUGGUCAGUCAACAUGUUACUAUCAUAAGCUAUUAUUACAAAACCGAAUUGCUGUAUUUGAUGAAACAAAUCUAACUAAUGAACUUCCAGAUCCUGUUACAAUUUAUGAUGCAAUUCAGUUUGUUGUACAAGCAUGGAAUAAUGUUUCUGAAAAUACAAUUAUUCAUUUAUGGCAAAAAACUGGUAUUAUUCCUUUAAUAGAAAUUGAUAAAUAUUUGAAUACAGAAGUUUCAGCUAAAAUAAAUAAUGAUAAUGAGGAAACUGAAUUAGAAAACCUUAUUUCACAAUUUUAA